AUGCCAAGUAAAUAUGAUGACGGUGAAAGUCGUUUAAAUGAAUAUGAAGUUGUAAAAAAAAUUGGCAAUGGUAAAUUUGGGGAAGUAUUCUUGGUGAAACAUAAGAGAACACAAGAAUUUUUUUGUUGGAAAGCUAUUUCAUAUAGAGGUUUAAAAGAAAGAGAAAAAUCUCAAUUAGUCAUUGAAGUAAAUGUUAUGAGAGAAUUAAAACAUAAAAACAUUGUUAGAUAUAUUGAUAGAUUCCUAAAUAAAGCAAAUCAAAAGUUAUAUAUAUUAAUGGAAUUUUGUGAUGCAGGGGAUUUAUCUAGAAAUAUACAAAAAUGUUAUAAAAUGUUUGGAAAAAUAGAAGAGCAUGCAAUUAUAGAUAUAACAAGGCAAUUAUUACAUGCUUUAGCAUAUUGUCACAACUUAAAAGAUGGACCUAAUGGAGAAAGAGUAUUGCAUAGAGAUUUAAAGCCUCAGAACAUAUUUCUAUCAACAGGAAUAAGACACAUAGGGAAAAUAACAGCACAAGCAAAUAAUUUAAGUGGUAGACCUAUAGCAAAAAUUGGUGAUUUCGGUUUAAGCAAAAAUAUAGGAAUAGAGAGUAUGGCUCAUUCAUGCGUUGGGACCCCAUAUUAUUGGUCUCCUGAAUUAUUAUUGCAUGAAACAAAAAGUUAUGAUGAUAAAAGUGAUAUGUGGGCCCUUGGUUGUAUUAUAUAUGAAUUAUGCUCUGGUAAAACCCCUUUUCAUAAAGCAAAUAAUUUUUCUCAGUUAAUAUCUGAAUUGAAGAAGGGGCCUGAAUUACCAAUAAAAGGGAAAUCAAAAGAGUUAAAUAUUUUAAUUAAAAAUUUGUUAAACUUAUCUCCAAAGGAACGACCAAGUGCUUUACAAUGUUUAGGAUAUCAAAUCAUCAAAAAUGUGACCCCACCUGUCAUAAAGAGAAAAGAUUCAUAUGUAGAAUUGCCUAAAAUUGAUAAUUGUAAAGCCACAGAAAUUAAGCCUUAUGUUGUCUCUCAAAACGAUUUAUUAAAUAAAGGAAGCAAUGAACGUGAAAGAAGUUCAAGUUGCUUAAGUAGACAAAGUGCUAAUACUAUAACUAAGGAUACUUUGAAAUACAAUCAAGAUAUUAAUAAUCCUCUUGUAAUUAAUGGUCAAUAUCCUAAUAGAGAAAAUAAAAAAGUCUAUGAUAUAGAAAAAGAACGAUCAACAGAGAAGGAAAAGAUGAAAAGAGAAUUAAUAGAAAGAGAGCAACUUGAGAGAAAUAGAAUGGAAAAGGAAAAUACUCAGAGAAAAGCUUUAGAAAUUAAAUUAAUGGAAAAAAAACGCUUAGAAAGAGAAAGAUUAGAAAGAAUUGAAAGAGAAAAAGCAGAAAUAAUAGAAAGGGAAAAAAUAGAAAGACUUGAAAGAGAAAGAAUAGAAAGAAUGGAAAGAGAAAGAAUGCAAAGACUUGAAAGAGAAAGAUUAGAAAGGGAGAGAAUAGAAAGAGAAAGAAUAGAAAGAGAAAGAUUUGAAAGAGAAAGAUUAGAAAGAGAAAGAUUAGAAAGAGAAAGAUUAGAAAGAAUAGAAAGAGAAAGAAUGGAAAGAAUUGAAAGAGAUAAAAUGCAACAAAGAAUGGAGAGGGAAAGAAUAGAAAAAGGACGAAGGGAAAAUUUUUUUAUAAGAGGAAUAGAUAAUAAUAAUAUAGAUCUAAUGGAAAAAUUAAGAAUUCAAUCAAAAAACCAAGAAAGUUAUAAUUCUUUUUCAAGAAUGAAAGAAAAAUAUAAUCAUAUGAAUAAUUUUAAAAAUUAUAUGUAUUCUAAUAUGAAGUCAAAAAAUUAUGAUGAUGAAAAUUUAGAUAAAUGUGAUAUAAAUACUUAUUUAAAAAAAAAUUCCAUUAGUACUAUUUCCAGCAAAAAUAUGCAAAACUAUAGCAAUAAUAGUACUCAUAUUAAUAAUAAUUAUGUUGGUAUAGAUGGUUAUAGCGGAUUUAAUAAUAAUCAGAGCACUUUGAGCCAAUAUAGCAGCAAUUCUGUAGAAAGUGGGAAAUAUAAAAUUAAUAAUAAAUAUCAAGUAAAUAUUUCAAAGAACAAUAGAGAUUUGUAUAAUGAAAAUAAUGAUUCUACUUGUAAUAGUCCUAGAUAUGAAAAAAAAUUUAACGAUAUUAAUAGCACAUGUAAAAGUAGUAGAAUAUCAAAUGUUUAUUUUAAUGAUAGUGCUAGAAGAAGUGUUAGUGCUUUACCACAUAUGAACAAUCUUAGUAGACGCAAGUCAAGUGUCUAUAUGUGUGAACACAAUGGAUAUAAUAAAAAUAAUGUAGAAGAAAAUAGAAAUUUUAAAAAUCUUGAAAAAGAUAGAGAAUAUUUACUAGAAAAAAGAAAAUUAUUAUUAGAAAAAGAAAAAGAAAUUUAUGAAAGAAUGAGGCAGAACAAUAAUUAUACGUACUCUACCAUGCAAAGAUAUGAUAGAUGUGAAAAUUUGAAAAAUAUGAACAAGCUAAAUGAGCACAACAAUAGACGCAAUAGAAGCGUGUCUGUUUGUGUAAAUGAACAAGAAAAAAAAAAUUCAUUUAGAACGAAAAAUAAACAUGAGGAUGAUGAAAAUGAUUACAUCUUAAGAAAUAGAAAUAUUUAUACUUUAAAAAAUUUAGUACAUAAUAAUGAAGAUAAUAUAUAUGAUAGAAAUUUGUAUAGCUGA